AUGUUUGGAAAGAAAAUUGACAAGGCAAUAACGGCGUCAAUAACUGCUGAUACACCAAAGCAUUUGGUAGCAGCUGUGAAGAGUUUGCAAUGGCGAAAUUCUCUGGAGAUGCAUAAAAUUCUUAAAGAGCAUGAAGAUUUCUGUAUUUGUUAUAACCCUGGAGAAGAAUCACCAAAAAAGAUUAAUGUAGAGAAAAUGGUAGGGAUGCUUCCUCUGCAUCUUGUGGCAGUGCUUAUGACUCCUGAAAGAGACGACAAGUUUCAAUAUUUAUUGUCUGGGAUUAGACUGUUGCAUACAUUGUGCGACUUAACUUCUCGGCACCCGAAACUCGAGCAGGUCUUGCUUGAUGAUGUGAAAUUAUCAGGACAAAUGAUUGAUCUGGUGAUUGCUACGAUUGUAGUUCUUGGCGGUAAUAGAAAGGAAAGGUGCUAUUUGGAUCAUGAAUCACUGUUAGAUUCCACAUUGGUGGCUUCUUGUCUUUACCUGUUGCACGGGUUUAUCUCUCCUAACUACCAAGAUCUUGUUCAAGUCUUGCUUGUGCACCCUAGGGUUGAUGUAUUUAUAGACGCUUCCUUUGGUGCGGUUCACAAUGCUGUGAGAUCUUUGAAUAAGAAGUUGUUGACGCGACGAAGGUUAGGCGCGAGUUCUGUAGGGGCGGUUAGUUUUCACUGUCAACAAGCUGAAGCUGCUUUGCAGUUCCUUCAUUCUCUGUGCCAACACAAACUGUUUAGAGACCGUGUCGCUAAAAACAAGGAGCUAUGUGGAAACGGUGGUGUUCUUAUGCUAGCUCAAUCCAUACUAUCACUAGCUAUUACACCUGAAUAUGUUGGAGAAGUCGUAAUAAUAGCUUCCAUAUCUAGAAUGAAAGCAAAAGUCCUUUCAAUUUUGCAGCAUUUGUUUGAGGCGGAAAGUGUCUCAUUCCUUGACGAAGUUGCAAGGGCAGGCAACUUGCAUUUAGCUAAAACUAUAGCCUCAGAGGUUCUUAAAUUGUUGAGGGUUGGCCUCUCUAUAGCUUCCAAGGGUACUGCUUCUCCUCAGUAUCCAAUGGGUUUUGUGCUACUUAAUGCUAUGCGCUUGGCUGAUGUGCUCACGGAUGACUCAAAUUUACGAUCUUUUUUCACCAAACAUCUGAGUAUUGUUCUUAGCGCGGUAUUUUGUCUCUCUCAUGGAGAUUUCUUGUCAAUGUUGUGCUCUUCUGAACUUUCUUCAAGGGAGGAUGACGCGACUUUAGACUAUGAUUUGUUUACGUCAGCCGGAUGGGUUUUAAGUGUAUUUUCAUCUUUUAGUCAAUCGGUGACAGCUCAAUUCAAGCUUAGUUUUCAAAAUAACCUCACCAUGGCUUCAUACGCACAUCAAAGAACAUCUUUAGUUAUUAAAAUGAUGGCAAAUCUUCACUGCUUCGUUCCCAAUCUCUGCAAAGAAGAGGACAGGAACAGUUUCAUAAAGAAUUUUAUGAGUGGAAUGCAAAAGGAUCCUUCAAGCAUAUUGCUGAAUAUAUUACCCGGCCGUUCAUAUACUCCGGUGGCAGAGAGAGGCAAUGGUGUUUGGAGAAACCUAUGUUCUCUGUUGCUUCAUGCACAAUCCUUACUCCCUAACGCCCUCAUUGCUGAAGAUCUCAUGCUCUUGAGGGUUUUCUCUGACCAGUACAAAGAGCUACUUGCCGAGUUGGAGAAAAAUGAAGUACAGACAAAGGAUAUUCAAGGUACGGGAGGGAAUUUAACUGCUAAGCAGCAGAGAAAAAAGCCUUUGAAUCUAAACAACGAGGAAGCUUCAGACAAUUCUGAUGUCCGAGUUGAAGGUGCAACUACAAAGCAAGACGUGAACGAGGAGAUGGAAAUAGUUGAACGGUUAAAAGAGCGGGAUGCAGAUGCAAACAAUCUUGAAACCAGUGGUUCAGACACGAGCUCUAACAGAGGGAAGAGUCCAGUUGAUCGGGGUGAAGAUGGAGAGUUGGUUCAGAAUAUGAGCAAGCGGUUUAAAGGGAGUGUGUCGGGAGAGGCGAAAGAGGAUGAGAGAGCUGAAGCCUAUCCUGAUUUCGAGAAGCAGAGGAAGAAACGGAAGCGUAGUAUUAUGAAUGAUGAUCAAACGGGGAUGAUCGAGAAGGCGCUUGCUGCUGAACCUGAUAUGCAGCGGAAUGCAGCUUCAAUACAGUCAUGGGCCGAUAAAUUGAGUCAAGAGGGCUCUGAGGUUAUUACAGCUUCACAGCUGAAAAAUUGGUUGAAUAACCGAAAAGCUAAACUCGCUCGAGCAAACAAGCAAACAGGACCAGUUCGUGAUAAUAAUAGCUCAGGGGAUCUAGCUGAGAGUCCUGGAGAGGAAAACACUUGGCAGCAAGCUGCAUCAUCAAGAACCCCGAAAACAGGAGACAAUCCGAUGAGACCAGACGGGCUAAGGCAAGGUCAACAAGUGACGCUAUUGGACAAAGAGAUAGGAGACGAAAUCGGGAAAGGAAUCGUGUUGAGCACUGAUGGUGAAUGGUACGGUCUAAACCUGGAGACAAGGAAACUCUGUGUGGUUGAUGUAAUGGAGCUUAGGGGUUCGGAUCUUUGGAGCACAAUGACAAUCCCUUAUGGAUCUGAUGAUGUCGGGAGGACUUUUGGAGAAGCGAAAUCGAGGUUUGGAGUUAUGAGAGUGGCUUGGGAUGUAAACAAGCUUCAGUAUUAG